GAAAUACUAUAUUUUAUUCAAUUCGCCGAUUUUGAACUAAAAUCAUGGUGAUAAAAUUGAAAGAUACAUUUUCAUCUGAGUUCAUUUUUGAAGAUGUUGAUUAUGAUUAUAGUAACAAAACCUUGACUAGUCAUAAACCAACUUUAAAUAAUGCAGAAAGCUUAAAUAGAGAAAAAACAAAAAUUCCGGAUAUUUUUAAAGCAAUUGAUGUACCAAAACCAGUUCAAAAGGAAUUGCUGAAACAAAAUGUUUUGAAAAAGAAAUCUUUAUCAUUUCUAGAUCUUAAUUUAUCAAGACCCUUAUUAAAAGCUAUAGCUACUUUGAAUUAUAAAAAACCUACUCCUAUACAAUCAUCAGCAAUUCCAAUUGCUCUGAAGGGAAAUGAUAUAUGUGCUUGUGCAUCAACAGGAACUGGCAAAACAGCUGCAUUUAUUUUGCCAAUUCUUGAGAGAUUAAUGUUUAAACCAAAAUAUGCCCUUAACAUGACAAGAGUUCUUAUUUUGGUUCCAACUAGGGAAUUAGGUCUUCAAGUUUACCAAGUCACUAAAGAUUUAUCCCAAUUCAUCACCUCUCAUACUCCUGAUAAGGAUAAAUUAAGUAGUCAAGACAUCUCUCUCCAAUUUACAAAUGGAAUAUCCAUUGCUCUUUGUGUAGGAGGUCUCGAUAUUAAAAAUCAAGAGGCAGCAAUUAGAAGAAGGCCAGAUAUAAUAAUUGCUACACCUGGGAGACUUAUAGAUCACUUACAAAAUGCGCCUUCCUUUGAUCUACAAAGUGUCGAAAUACUGGUUCUUGAUGAGGCUGAUAGAAUGUUAGACGAAUUUUUUGCUCAACAAAUGACAGAGAUCAUAUCAAACUGUUCGGCCAAACGCCAAACCAUGUUAUUUUCCGCCACCAUGACGGAAAAGGUUAAAGAUUUAGCCCGUGUUAGUCUAAAUAAUCCAUCCAAAUUGUUUGUAGACUCCAACCUUUCCGUCCCUAAAAAUUUGAGACAAGAAUUUGUCAGAAUCAGGGAGCAAAGGGAAAGUGAUCGAGAAGCUAUACUUGCCGCACUACUCGCUAGAUCAUUUCAUUACGGAGUUAUAGUGUUUGUUCAGACAAAGCUGCAAACUCACAGACUCAGUGUCCAGCUUAAUUUAUUGGGGUUGAAAGUUGGCGAACUUCACGGAAAUUUGAAUCAAAAUGAGAGAAUAGAAUCCUUGAAAAAGUUUAAAGAAGGUCAGAUCGGAAUCCUAAUAUGUACGGACCUCGCGUCACGUGGUUUAGAUAUCGAGGGUGUAAAAACAAUUAUAAAUUUUACUCUGCCUAAUAGCUAUCAACAUUACGUACAUAGAGUUGGUAGGACUGCUAGAGCCGGAAACAAAGGAAGAGCUAUAUCAUUAGUCGGUGACCAAGAAAGGAACGUCUUUAGAGAAAUUAUCAAGAACGCAGUAACAUUCAGUCUUGCAGCCACCCCCAAUUCUAAAGAAGAAGGCAAAGUUCUUUACAGAAAAAUAGACCCUCUCGUUAUAACUGACUUCAAGUUGAAAUUGGAGCAACUCGAAACUAAGCUUCAAGAAAAUUUGAAGGAUGAGAAGAUGAAUAAAGACAUAAGGGUUGCUCAAUUGAGGGUUUUCAAGGCCGAAAAGUUAAUAGAACACAGGGAAGAAAUCAUGUCUAGACCUAAAAGGAUUUGGUUUCAGACGCACGGCGAGAGAAUGAGAGACCAAAAAUCUCUCAGGUUAGAUCCUACCGAAAGAAAGAAAAGGGUCGCUAUAAAAUCUAACAGGUCCGACGAUGACGAGGUUAAUGCAAAACCAACGAAUAACAAAAAGAAAUGGGGGAAGAAUAAGUUGGAAAAGAUUAAAGCGAAAGAUAUGUCGACCGAGGAAAGAAUAAAUCAUGAAAUAACCAAAGCUAAACAAUAUGCUUUAAAAUGCUUGGAGCUUUCUGACGUUUCCCGAAAUGAUAAUAAGGGUCAUCGAUCAACUAAUGAUAAGUCUACUAAAGGUACCAAAAGAAAAUCGUUUACCAAACAAUUAACCGAUACCGAUAAAAAACGCAAGUAUAUACUUAAAAACGAAAACGAAGGAUUCAAAAAUAAGCGCAAUCGUAAUAAUGUUACACGGAAAAAAUAAAUAAACGAUAUUUAUUUGAAAAAAAUGUAAUAUAUGUUUAUAGAUAAUAAAAAAAAUAAGAUUUAGUCAAUUUUUAUUUGAAAUCAUCUUCACCUUUUAGCUUAGAUGGAUAGGAGAAAUUCUAUCUCAUUGUAAUUUGGUUUGAAUCCUAGUUGGUAUAAAUUAGGAUUACAUUGGUGUAUAAAUAUAUUUUAUAUCAUUUUAUAUACAGUAUCUUAUAUUGUAGAUAAUAAAAUAUCAAUAUAUUAUAAAUUU